AUGGCGACGAUAUACAUGGACCCGUCCAUCCAGCGGUUGCUGAACGAUAAGCUUUACGAUAAGAGGAAACAGGGUGCUUUGGAACUCGAGAAGACAAUCAGAGAAUCUAUCGCAAGAGGGGAUAGUACAAAAAUAAAAGGAAUAAUUGAUCAGCUAUGUCAUGAAUACGCCUAUGCCGUGCACCAGCCCCAUGCGAGGAAUGGAGGCCUAAUAGGCCUGGCAGCAGCAGCUAUUGCCUUGGGAUCUGAUGAGGUUGCACCCUUUUUGAAGGAUAUUGUACCGCCGGUAUUAGCUUGCUUCACGGGUCAGGAUGCCCGAGUCAGAUAUUAUGCCUGUGAAAGCAUGUAUAAUAUCGCAAAAGUGGCCAAGGGGGAGAUUCUACUCUACUUCAACGAUAUAUUCGAUGCUCUGUGCAAGCUAGCAUCGGAUUCAGAACUGUCGGUGAAGAACGGCGCAGAGCUUCUCGAUCGAUUGAUAAAAGACAUCGUUGCUGAAUCUGCAGCGUCCUAUGUUUCUGCGUUAGAGGCCUCACGCCCGGAUAUAUCAGACGAAGAGGAUGGCAAAGACGUGGAUGAGCUUGAGGACAUACCCACAGCAUUUUCACUUGCAAAGUUCAUUCCUCUGCUUCAAGACAGGAUUUACGUUCAAAACCCUUUUGCUCGGAAUUUCCUAGUCUCCUGGCUUACAUUAUUGGACACAAUACCCGAUCUCGAGCUUGUUACCUAUCUGCCAGCAUUCUUAGGAGGCUUGUUCAAAUUUCUAAGUGAUACAAAUCGGGAUGUGCACACUGCUACCCAAGGGCUUCUGGAAAGGUUUCUCAAUGAGAUAAAACGAAUAGCAAGAGUUAAAAAAGGCAUUGCCGAAAGUCGUCGUGACCAUGAGAGCGGACAGUCGAAGAUAUCUGCCAGUGAUAGUAAAAGUGUCGACUCCGAAUUGAGCAUUUCGCAUGCUGUGAGUGACAAUGCUAUUGCGGACUCCGAGUCUGCUACUGCGAAUGACGACCAUCUUAACAACCCAUAUGGUGACUGGGUGCCCGGUCAGGAUGUUCAUGUUGACCACUCGAGGAUACUGGAAAUUUUAGUCAAUUUCGUCGAUACAAACUCUGGUAAGCACCCUUACUUAUCCUUAUAUUAUGUUUUAUCCAACUACUUACAGUUCUUUGCUGGCGUUACAGAAGAUGAAAUCCAGUUAACCGCACUCCGUUGGAUUGAUAGUUUCUUCGAAAUCAGUCCUGCAGACAUGCUGCAAUUUGUUCCAAGGCUCUUGUCACAAGUACUUCCAACUCUGUCAAGCGGCUCAGAUGAAGUACGGCAAGCAGCCAACCGUGUCAAUAACUCUCUUAUGCAGCAUAUUGUCUCUCUGACCGAAGAUGCUCCUCAAAAUGAGCCACCCAAGACAUCUCCUCCUCUUGCGGCUGUCCAAGCUAGUGGUAAGGAAGGGGAGGGCCGCCGAACACCCACUCCUGUUACAAGACAGGCGUCGAUAGCGUCCAGCGAUACACGCAAACAAACAUCACGGCCAGCGUCCAGGACGGAGCCAGCUCCUGCACUAGCAUCUCAACCAUCAGAGCAAGCCUCGGAGCAAACAUCAGACCUAGACUAUGCUGCAGCAGUUAAUGCUCUAACUCUUCAGUUUCUGAAUGAAAAUGAAGCCACUAGAGUUGCUGCAUUGGCAUGGCUCAUAAUGCUUCACCGAAAAGCUCCCCGGAAAGUUCUUGCUUUCCAUGACGGAACAUUUCCUGCACUCCUUAAAACACUAUCAGACCCGGCAGACGCUGUUGUCACCCGAGACUUGCAGCUCCUAUCCCAGAUAUCUCGAAAUAGCGAAGAUAGUUAUUUUGCGUCUUUCAUGGUGGAUCUCCUCCAAUUAUUUUCGACGGAUAGGAAACUCCUUGAAGGUCGUGGUAAUCUCAUCAUCCGGCAACUUUGUAUGAAUCUGAGUCCAGAAAGAAUAUAUCGAACACUGGCAGACUGUCUCGAGAAGGAAGAGGUGAGGCAUCCAUUUUCUCCAUUCAAUGACAUUGAGUUUGCCAGUAUCAUGAUCCAGAAUCUCAAUAACAACCUCAUAACCGCUCCCGAACUUGCCGACCUCAGGAAACGGCUAAGAAAUCUAGAAACCAAAAGCUCCGCAUUUGCAGCACUGAAGAACCGCCUCAAUAGUGUCAGUAAUAUUGGAUUGCUGUAUGCUGGAAUGCGGCCGCCGACUUUGACUGGAUCGACAAGCACUGGGCCGUAUGAACGGUCCGGACGACUUAAGUCCCGCGAGGAGAGCGUCAUCCGAUGGGCUGAUCUGCUCGAAAAAUUUAAGAGCGUCCAGGAACGAUCGAGAAGAUCUCAACGUAGAUCCCAGAGAGAUCUUGAAAUAGACAGAAACGGGAUAUCAACUUCAACAAUGGCCACAGCAUCGCUUCCACUGUAUGAACCAAAUAGCAGUGGUAUCGACAGGACGCUUUCCGACAUUCCGGUCGGCGCCCUCGGAAUCGGAAAUGGUGCCCGACGUCCAGGAGCUCAGGGCGAUUCUCUCGGGACCCAAAAGGGCGGAUCGACGGCGAAAUCAAAGACGCCUCUUGGGACAUUUGGUCGGUUGAGCGGAAUUGGGCAAAGGAAAUCAAAGAAGUGA